AUGUUGGGAGAGGAGGAGGGUGGUCGUUCGCUGCAAAAUGCAUUCCCUCAUGAGCUUGCGAGUGCCACAAGCAACGCACUCAGCAACCCGAAACCACCAUAUGCAUCGCACAGUCAGUGGAGUGUGUCGGAUAGCCACCAUGUUCAAUCGGAAAAUCCUAUCGGCUAUGCGCAUCCCGACAAUCCAUCACAAGCAAGCUUUUCGAGACAAAUUGAUUCUGUUCUUCAGAAUCUUGAAAAAUAUCAAACUCAGUUACAGGAAUACGCGGCCAAACGUCUCCCAGGAUCCAGUGAUUUGCGCGCAACUCAGGGUUAUUUGGAAAGUGAAAAGAGAGAAGACGAUGGUUAUCCAGACAAUCCUACUGCACAGCAGCUUCCCGAACAAUCCCUGCGAAUUCAUAACUCGGAUCCUGAGCAUCCUGCUCCAUUGGAAAGUUUAAUCAGGGGAAUGCUGCAAUGGCCACUUAUAGCUCAGGCGGUGUUAUCACAGAUGCCGAGACGACUGGCUGAUUCAGGACCCGUGCUUGUUGAUUUAACAAACGAAGAAACUUCUGAUAGUGAUGAUAAUCAACAAGACAACUUGGAACAUCGGCCGGGGAACUUCAAUGUUGUACAGGUGCAACGUUAUGCAGGUCACAGCCUUACAGAGGUUUCUUUCCCUGAUUUCAUGCUGGUUAUGGUGUUUGCGGUGAUAGCAGAAAAUCUGGUGAUACCAGGGAAAUAA